AUGAAGGCGGCGCUCCAUGUCACUGACUCCCCGACGAAUUACCAGUUGACGACGGCCAGCUCCAUCCUCUGGGAUCCUCGCUACACCAAUCGCAAUCCUCCCCACCAGAGACUCCAUCCCACGCACGUCGGCACUCUCUCGCUCGACAACCGCUCCGACUCGACCAUCAGCGUGCGCAGUUUAGGCGGCGGCCAGCGCAUACCCCCUAUGGACAAGCGUCGCCCCAGCUCCUUCCAGCAGCUCGAGAAGCUCGGCGAGGGCACCUAUGCCACCGGCCGCAACCGCCAGACGGGCGAGUUUGUCGCUCUUAAGGAGAUCCACCUCGAUUCUGAANUAGGGCCCCCUAGCACCGCCAUCCGUGAAAUUUCACUUAUGAAGGAACUCAAGCACGAGAACAUAGUCCGUCUACACGAUGUCAUUCACACCGAGAACAAGCUCAUGCUGGUCUUUGAAUUCAUGGACAAGGACUUGAAGAAAUACAUGGACUCUAGGGGUGAGCGCGGCAUGCUCGAUCCUGUCACCAUCAAGUCCUUCAUGCACCAGCUGCUCCGCGGUAUCGCCUUCUGCCACGACAACCGACUCAAGCUCGCCGACUUUGGUCUUGCUCGCGCCUUUGGUAUCCCCGUCAACACUUUUAGCAACGAGGUCGUCACACUAUGGUACCGUGCCCCUGACGUCUUGCUGGGCUCGCGCACCUAUAACACCUCGAUCGAUAUCUGGUCUGCUGGCUGCAUCAUGGCUGAAAUGUACACCGGUCGUCCUCUGUUCCCUGGAACUACCAACGAGGACCAGCUGCAAAAGAUCUUCCGUCUUAUGGGCACCCCUUCCGAGCGUUCAUGGCUCGGUAUCUCUCAAUUCCCUGAGUACAAGUCCAACUUUCCCGUCUAUGCAACUCAGGACCUGCGCAAUAUCCUACCUCAGGUCGACCCUGUCGGCCUCCAGUUGUUGAGUGCCAUGCUGCAACUUCGUCCAGAGCUUCGCAUUUCUGCCACACAAGCUCUUCAGCAUCCUUGGUUCGCUGAUUUACAACAACUAAGACAGCAACAAGCCCACAUGCAUCAACAGCACAUGCCUGGCGUGCCGAAUACCCAACGCGCUUAUUGA